AUGGAGCAGUAUCAUGAAGCGGACCAUCAGGACACCAGCUAUGUUGACUGGUCGUUCCUUCCCCCGACGGCGUUGCAUGUCAUCGGUACCGUGCUGCCCCCAUCGUCUCUUCUUAGAGCUAGGCUUGUCAAUCGGCAUUGGGCUGGCUGUCUGGCAGCGCUUGUUGACACGCUUUACAUAGUGCCCGAGUACUUCUUGACGGAGCAAUCCGUGGCAGAGGUGCAGAAGGCCUUUCCCAAGGCAACGACAGUGAGCCUAGAUUUGCAAGACACGUUUAUGGCGGUUCCUCUGGCGUACAAGGAUAGCCUGGACCGCUACAUUUCUCUGCGUAAUGAGCACGUGGCAGCGGCCGAUGCGACAAUUGAGGAAGCCUCAACGGCGUCUUCGGACGUGUGUCAAACGGAUGGUGCAGCGGACUCGGGCCGACCCAGUGAGGACGCAAGUGGUGGAGCCAUGGGCACGGCAGAGUCAGCACCCGAACGACCAGCCUCCCCGGCAGAUGCUGAUGUCACUGGUAUUGAGCCAUCUUCCCAAGCGUCAACCAGCACGCCGCACACAUCCGGAACCGCAGCUCCCAACCUGGGUUCCUCCACUCCAAGCUCCUCGUCGGCGCCGCAGCCGUUCCAACCGCAACAGCAACAAAGCGUCGCGGCGCUCGCCGCUGCCUUUGCUGCGGAUUUCCUUAAUGGCGCGCACAACUGCAGGACUGGAAGCGCCGGCUGCAGUGCAUCACCAGCAGAGCCACCGGGGCCACCAGCACCUGCACAAGCAGCCGAGGGUGGUGGCGACGCAGGCCACGGUCAAGCUGACCCACCUGCAGCGGCGCCUGCUACAGGCGGCAGAAUUGAAGCGGCUGUCGCCGCCGCCACCGGGGCCGUCGAUCCUCCCGUCGCCGUUGCGGCAGACCUCGCUGGUGCGGCCGCAGUCCCGGCCCUGGUACCAGUGGUCGGCCAGCUGCCAGCUAUUCCUGGUGCGCAGCCUCCUUCAUCUCCGCCAACUUUCCCCUACUCGGCCAUCCCCGUGGAGCCCCUUACGGGCCUCGUUCCCCCUGCCGCCACUCACUUGCGCGUGCGGCUACCUGAUAGUCUUGACGUGCAAGCCCACCACGCGGAUGUCUCCACUUCCUGGGAUUACGUCUCCGCGCUACUCGCUCGUGUGGGCUCCAGCCUGUCCAGCCUCUCCCUCUCCACCGCACCGGACGCUGCGCACAUCUCCAUGCUGAGCCCUUUGACGCAACUCACCUCCCUCAUCAUGGACGAGGCCUCCCACUCCACCUGGUCCGUCGAGCACCUCCCCAUCGUUGGAUCUCUGACCGGGCUUCGGAACCUGGCCAUUAAGAUCCCUCCCUUCCGCAGCAGCCGCCCUGACCCGCCCACCACUCCGCAGCCGCCCGCCGCGCUGGCAUCCUGGACGGCUCUUCAGCGUCUGACAAAGCUCCACGUCUCAGCGCUGCGCUACAGCUUCCACUCCUCGCUUGUAGCCGUGCUGCCGCACCUGAACAAUCUGGAGUACUUGGCGCUGCGGGCACCUCAGACGCGGCUGCCGUGGAUGGGAACCGAAAAGCCGCUGUUUGCCAAUAUCGGCACGCUGACGGGUCUCACUCAGCUGAGUCUGGCGCUGGGGGAUCACAACAUGGCGCCGCAGGACUGGCAGUCGCUGACCACCCUCACCAAGCUCUCCGCUAUCGAGCUGAGUGUGUCGGAGGGGAGUGACGGCCUCAACGUGCCAACGGGCUUGGAGUUCCCGGCGCUCAAGUCGCUCAAGCUAAGAUACCCGAACAGCCAAGACCUGGUCCGUAUCGCCGUAUGGUCCGGUAUUCAGCGACUGGAUAUCAAGUUCCCCGAACACGAGCGGGAGUGGCACCAGGAAGAUGCUGUUGUUGAGCUGUUGGACUUCCGCACCAAGCUGCUUCCAACCGCUGGUGCCGCCGUUAUCUGCUCUGUAUUGGACAACGCCCCCGCAGCUCACCUGGCUGCCAGUGGUGCCCUGGAUGCGGGGUUCAGUCUGGGGCCCGCAGGGGUGGUGGCGCUCAUGGGGCAGCUGGCUCCCCUUCACCAGCAGCAGCAGCAGUCAGGGGCUGGUGGGGGCCCUGGAGGAGGACGUCAUGGCAAUGCGUCCAUGCCGCCCACGGGUGCGGGCAACACGGCCGGGCUAACGUCCUGGUGGUCACCGCUGCUGCCGCUACUGGCGCUGCCGAAUAUGGUGGACUUCAGGUGCUCCGCCAAGGAGGGCCUUGCCAGCCACGAUCCCAUCUUAUUUGAUGAGAUCAUUUCGGGUCUGUGCGCCGCCUGGCCGGGAGUGACCCGGCUGUGUUUCAAGGGCUGCAUCAACGUGCUUAGUCAGCAGGGGGGCUGGGACUCGCUCAAACAGCUCACCAGGCUGCAACAGCUAGAACUCAGGCACCACCCUCCUCAGGAGGGAGAGCCCCCCGCGGACCACAACAUCUCACGGGCCCAGCGAGCUCGCUUCCUCCGAGUAGAGCCCAUCAAGCUGCCGGCAACCAGUCUGCCGGACUCGUUGCAAACGCUGCUUUUGGAGAACGUGGAGCUGCGGAGGAAGGAGACGUACUGCCUGACGAAUCUGACAUCGCUGGAGCGGCGCACUACCUGCCGCCACUUCCCCGAGUUUGUGGGGAUGCCGUUGCAGCGUUUGGUGGUGUCCAACUGCUGUGUAAAGGCCAAGGGCAUCGCCUCUAUCGCGUUGGAGUGCGGCAGACUGACCCACUUGGUGUUUGCGGUGUACAAGGUGUCGGAGGAGGCGGACCUGAGGGAGCUGCAGGACAUUUUCCAUGACAUCUUGUAUCCCAAGGCAAUGCGUCUGACUCAGCUCCAGGUGCUCAAGGUGCGAGUGUUGGCGGGCUGCAUUACUCAGGCGCUGGUGCAGGACAUGGUGCAGCACCUGCCCCACCUGCAGCGACUCAAGCUCACCAGCUCGGACGGAUGGUCGGACCCGGCCCUCUUCCUGCCUCUCACCCGCAUGUCCGGGCUGAGGAAGUGCUCACUGGCUUACUUCAAGAGCGCGGAGUUGGCCAUGCUGUUGCGCGCCGAGUUCCGUACGGCGUUGCCGUACUGCAAGAUCAAGGCCAAGCACGAGACAGGUUGA